AUGGCGCUCCAGCAAGCAUCCCCAGUGGCCAAGUUUGAGGCCUCACCAACCGAGUCCUUCAUCUCUCUGCCUGGUGACAACUACUCACCCCUCUUCGCCCCCAGCACUCCCUCAUCAACCAUCAACCCCAUCGACAUGAUGACCCCUCAGUCCUUUUCAGAAGACAUGCAGACUCCUCAACUGCCUGCCAUCAAGGAAGAGACCGGGGCCAGCCCCUCGCCCGAGGACAUCCCUACAUCAUCAGAGAAGAAGCAGACAAAGAAGAGGAAAUCAUGGGGCCAAGUUCUCCCAGAGCCCAAGACAAACCUUCCCCCGAGAAAGCGAGCCAAGACUGAGGACGAGAAGGAGCAGCGACGUGUCGAGCGUGUUCUUCGGAAUCGCCGCGCGGCCCAGUCUUCACGAGAGCGAAAGCGUCUCGAAGUCGAGGCGUUGGAGCAUCGCAAUAAGGAACUUGAAGCGAUGCUCACCACUGCAAAAUUAGCCAACUACGCGUUGCUAGAGGAGCUGAAACAGUUCAGACGCGAUACUGGUGUUGUCACUCGAUCAUCUUCGCCCUUGAACCCGCUCCGUGACGCUCCUCUGUCUCUGUCACCAGAGCUGUUUAGUUCCCAAGAUGGCCACAACCCAUUAAAGGAUACCGCCCACCUGGUAGACGAACUCAUCAACUCGACUGUCAAUCCUACUGUCAAUCCAGCCUCACUGUCUCCCGCGCUGUCCCCUGUCCCCGAUGAGACCCAAACUGAUGAAGCCUCAAAGGAGUCGCAGUCCAGCGAACAGGACUUGGCCACCUCUCCCGACCUGACACAACAUCCUGCUGAGAUGUUGUCAGACCUGCAGUGUCACAAGUCGGCGAAGGUGCCCAAGUCGUUCCAGGACUCGCAGACUCCGAUGUCGCCCUACUUGGCCUCUGACACAGAUCGCUAUGUCCUCGAAAGCGGGCUUCUCGCUUCUCCCAGCUCCUCAACUCUUGACGACGAUUAUCUGGCUGGUGACUUUGCCACCGGCUUCUCGGGUCAGUCAACCUUCGACCCCUUCGACAUCGACGACUUCCUCAACGACGAUGCCAACCAUGUCGCCUCUGACAUUAUGGCAGCGAGCGACUAUGCCGCUGCGGACCACAGCUUCGAGCCCAAAGUCAAUGACGCUGAGAUUCAAGUCCCUUAA